CGGGAGCCCUGAACACGUCGCACCAUUUCAGUUUAAAGAGAGAAUAAUCAUUUGUGCGUAGGGAGACAAGCAGGCAAUACCCGGGAUUUUUUGAGGAAAAGGACUGGAUAUUUCCUUCAAGCGACACACACCCACACACACACCAGCACCUGUUUCAUUUAAACAAAGAUACUUACAGUCCUUUUUGAAACUCCAAGAGGAAGAAGAUUCUGCAGCUAUGUCUGUCAACAUUCAUGUCAACAGUCCUAAUGUAAAGUACACAGAUUCACACAUUGAGUCACAGUAUGAGUACCAGAGCUCAUCAGUUCAAAAAGAGGGGAACAGAGUCACAGUGACUCCCCGCAACACCAAGAUGACCUUUCUUACCGAGAGACGUGUGCCCCGGCUGGGUGUGAUGCUGGUGGGGUGGGGAGGGAACAACGGCACCACAGUGACUGCAGCUGUGCUGGCCAACAAGAUGGGUCUUACCUGGAGAACCAAGAUGGGAUUAAAGAAAGCAAACUACUUCGGCUCCCUCCUGCAGGCGUCUACUGUUUGUCUCGGAUCCGGGCUCGAGGGCGAGGUCAACGUGCCCCUCCGUGACCUCCUACCCAUGGUGCACCCUAAUGAUAUAGUCUUUGAUGGCUGGGAUAUUUCCUCAAUGGAUCUUAGCUGUGCGAUGGAGAGAGCUGAGGUGUUUGACUGGUCAUUGCAAGAGCAGCUGAGACCUCACAUGAGCAGCAUGAAACCCAGACCAACCAUCUACUUCCCUGAUUUCAUCGCGGCAAACCAGGAGGAUCGUGCUGACAACGUCCUAACUGGGAGCAUGGCGGAGCAGAUGGAGCAGAUCAGAGCUGACAUUCGAGACUUCCGUCAGUCGAGUGGUGUUGACAAAGUCAUCGUUCUGUGGACCGCCAACACCGAGCGCUUCUGUGAUAUCAUACCUGGGGUCAAUGAUACUGCGAAGAACCUGCUUGCUGCAAUCAAGACUGGAGCACCGGUUUCUCCCUCCACUCUGUUUGCAGUUGCCAGCAUACUGGAGGGUUGUGCCUACAUCAACGGCUCUCCGCAGAACACGUUUGUACCAGGAGCCAUAGAGCUGGCCGUGCAGAAAGGGGUGUUCAUCGGAGGAGACGACUUCAAAUCCGGUCAGACCAAGAUCAAGUCAGUGCUGGUUGACUUCCUGGUCAGCUCAGGUAUCAAGCCGAAAUCCAUUGUCAGCUACAAUCACCUCGGCAACAACGAUGGGAAAAACCUGUCUGCUCCGGAGCAGUUCCGCUCCAAGGAGAUCUCCAAGAGCAACGUGGUGGAUGACAUGGUGCAGUCAAACCCCAUCCUGUACCAGCCGGGAGAGAAACCUGACCACUGUGUGGUGAUUAAGUAUGUCCCCUAUGUGGGAGACAGCAAGCGUGCCAUGGAUGAAUACACUUCUGAAAUAAUGAUGGGAGGGACCAACACCAUCGCGCUGCACAACACCUGUGAGGACUCUCUGCUAGCCAGCCCAAUCAUCCUGGACCUGGUGAUCCUGACGGAGCUCUGUCAGCGUAUUUCUGUCCGACCCCAGGGGGAGGAAGACUUCCAAUCCUUCCACAGUGUCCUGGCCCUGCUCUCCUUCCUCUGCAAGGCCCCCCUUGUACCAUCAGGGACCCCGGUCAUCAAUGCAUUCUUCCGCCAGAGGGCCAGCAUAAUAAACAUCAUGAGAGCGUGCCUGGGCCUUCCACCCCAGAACCACAUGUUGCUGGAGCACAAGCUGCAGAGGAACUUCCUGCCUCAACAAGCAGCCUACAUCAACGGUCAUGUGACUGCUUCAAAGAAAGUAGUCCUCACCAACGGUAACCAUGUGCCACUAACAAAUGGCGUCCAUGCACAUGGCGAUGACGCAGACAUUGCAUUAUGACUGCAAGACAACAACACUACAGCCCAAAAAGGGAAACUUAACAAAACUUAACUGUAAACUUGAUUUGUCUAUCAUUGCAAACAAAAAAAUAAAAAAUGGCAUGGUGCUGCAACAUAUGCAUAUCAUUAGUUUUGUUAAAGUUGUCCUCUAUAGUUACUGAGCAUCAACAGGGGUGUAUAUGGAGUACACUACAAUAAUCUCCACAUGGCGUAACCAAGUUCAAAGCAGGCUAUUUUGUUAAAAAUAUGUCACUAUUUUUUUUAACCAGAAUUAACCAUGUACUGAAUAUUUAAACAAGAUAAAGUUUUAUUUGCUUGGAAGUAGUUUUCUGUGUGCAGUGCAUAUUUAAUAUCCAAUUGUACAGUAAAGUUCUCAGAAAUAGGUUCAUAUGUUUAUGACAAACAAAUGUGAAACUGAUCGUGCAGCUGUUACAAUUUUUAUUGAUAAAUGAUGUAUUUGUUGUUCGAUGAUCGAUGAUCCUAACUUGCUGUAUGUGGUUGUUAUGUAUAUCGCAGCCUUUACGUAGACAUCCGUUUUGAUUAAAGCUAGAUUACAGAAAAUAUGGAUGCUGUAUUGACUGUUAAAAAAAUUAAUCCAAUUUGGGAUAAAUAAAGUAUUUCUGAUUACCAUGUUCUAUAAAAUAAACUAUUGUUUAAACAACA